AUGGCGGAAGUCGGCCGCAAGCGCCCAAGUGAAAGCGAUGGAGCUGCGACUAUGCGCAAAAAGUUGAGGCCAUCGGAACUCCCGCUUUCCCAGGCGAAGCGAUCGGCCAUCGACAGCCUGGUGCACAUGUUCCGUAAGAAGGGCGCAUACGACGACAUACGCAGAGACUUGAUGAAGCAAUAUGUGUCAGGACCUGCUAAGGAUGAACUGCAAGCCGCUCUCAAGGAGCUCGUCGACCGCGAAACCGACCGUAAUCCCUCGCUGCUGUCCAAGGAUCCCCGAAUGGCCACUACACUUAUAGAAGGCGCGGGUGAGCGCAGCGACAUCUACGGCAACAUUAUGAACACGGUCAACACUCUGCUGGAUAAACUGAUUGAUGAGCAUGGCGUACCGAAAAUGCGCGAGUACCGCAUUGCCGAAAUAGGCGCUGAGGCUGCUGCCGAAGAGGAGAAGCGAGGCAGUAAGAGCGAAGAGGAAUGGGCUAAAGAAGCAGACGCUCGUCGAGAGAAGCGUGAAGCCCGGAGAGAAAAGGAGUUGGAGGCAGAGCGCGAGAGAGAACGCGAGGAGAGGGCAAAGAAGGAAGAGCGUAAGCGCCGCGAGAAGGAAGAGGACGAAGCCCGUGAGAAGGCGCGACAAGAGGAGAAGGAGCGCAGGCGCAAGGAGCGUGAAGAGCGCGACAAGGAAGACGAAGAGCGCCGACGCAAGGACCGAGAGAGAAUCGACAAAGAGAGAGAAGAGGAGCGUCUACGUCGCGAGAAGGAACGAGAGGAGCACGAGAAGAGCCGAGAAGCCCGUCUCAAGAAGAUCCGCGAAGAAGACGCUGAGCGAGAGCGCCGCCUACAAGAGGAGCAUGACCGAGAUCGCGGCGGUCGCCAUCGCAGUGGUCGUGGCCGUAGCAGGACUCCCGAUCGUGAAAGGGACCGGCGUGGACGAGACAGGAGCAGGCGAAGGAGCAGGUCAAAGACCAGGUCGCCUGAACGCCGUCUGUCGAUCAAGCCUGAAGACAUCAAAGUUGACGAUGAGACUGCAUUGGCGCUCCUGCUACAGGAAAGUGAGCAGAUGAAGAAUUCACGACAACGGAGGCCUCUGCUUCCGCGAUCAGAAUCACUGGAACCACCUAUGCGAAAAGCUCAGCCUCCCAAGUCGCUCGUUCCCCGCGAUCCCGUGAAGGCUCGACUGGACAGGCUUGACAGCAGACCUGAAAGGUCACCCAGCAAAGACGCAAAGUCCCCCGCUCCAGGUACGCCAAAUGCGGCUGCGAAGGACGAAGAUACCACUAUGACAGAUGCCCCAUCCGCAGCAGAGGCGGCUAAGGGCCGAUGGGAUGACAAGCGACCUGAGUUACCGAAGCGUGACAGGUCCCGUAGUGUCGCGCGCAGCACGAGGGAGCGUAGCAGAAACCGAUCGCAGUCCCGCGGAAGUCGGUACGACAGGCGUGGCUCGCGCUUCGACGACGACCGCCGUUCCCGACGCGACGAUGAUAGACAUUCCUACCGGCCCUCAAAUGACGGUCGACGACGCGAUCGCGACGACCGAGAUGAGAAACCGUCCCGUCGCGAGAGUCGCAGUCGCUCACGAGAGACUCACACCAGCCGCCGCAAGUCACGCUACGAAACGUGCAGUCCGUCGCCACCUCGAGAGGAGCGUCGCAGAGAUAGAGAACGUUCCCGCUCACGAGGCGGCCGACGUGAGCGCGAGAGAUCCCCUGCAUCCGGGCGCCGCCGUCGCUCCAGAAGCCCCGAGAACAUCGACCGUUAUGUACCCGGUGGCGGUGGAGGUGCUGGCAGUGGCAGUGCUCGGAAGCGCGAAGACAGCCGUGACCGCAAGCGCGACGACAGUCGGCCUCGCAAGCGUGAUGAUAGCCGUGACCGCGCACGAGGCUACAGGGCCCGAGACUAUGAUCGUUGGGAUGGUGGUAGAGACCGUGGUAGUAGGCGUCUGGAGUCUGAUUGCUACCAACCUGGCGGUGCUCCCGCUGCUGAGGCCGAGGAUAAAGAUCGCGAGCGCGAUCGCAAGCCUAGGGAGAGGAGUCGCGAGCGCAGCAGAGAUAGGGGACGUGAUGAUAGGGAUAGACGUAGGCGAAGGAGCCGCAGUGCGAGGAGCCGUAGCCGGGACCGACGUCGCUGA